AUGGUGUCGGACAGCGACAAGUCUCUUUUCCAGCAGUUGAUCGAGGAAGCAGGCUGCCAUUUCGAGCAGAGCUGCGUUCGCAUCUCUGCAGCCCCGGGGUCGAUCCGGCAGAGGUUGGAGAAGAGGCUGGGAUACGACAGCAACGCGCAGGCAGACUUCAUGCAGGGCCUUGAGACCUUCGUCGAGGAUCCAGAGCACUUGAAGCUGAUGCUCCUUCCUGCCAGGCCCUCUCAGGAGCACUCGGGCCCACAGAGCCUCGACUGCCUGGUGAAGAUCUUGCUCGGGGUGUGGGCGGUUCAGCCAAGGCUGGUCCAGCUACUCUUCGACAAGAUCCCCGAGUACUUUGACAGCCAUGACAAGGAGCUAUCCUUCCGGGAGAGCGUGCCCCGGCUCAUCCUCUCCCAGCUGAAGUGGAUUGAGUCAGUUCACCCCGAGUCCGACCUGACGUCGAGGCUCCUGCAGCUCAUCGACAUCGCUCCCCUUGCCAUCCGGCUGGACGCCAUCAACAUCAUCCCAGAGAUCGUGAUGGACUGUGACCAUGCUGGCGUUGUGUCCAACCUGCACAAUGUCAUGCAGACAGAGCCCGAGUGUACCAACGCUGUCCUAGACGUGCUCUCGAACCUCAAUUUGGACAGCACCCUGCUGUUGGACGUUCAUGAUAAACUCAAGGAUUUGCUCCGAUCUGCUUCAAGCCACGACCUGCCAAUGGUUGUGCGAUAUCUGCUGCAAUCUACAACUCCAGAGUUUGCUAGAAGCACAGUGUCGGAGCUCAGGAGGCAGCUGAAUUCGGUUUCUGUCGUUCCAGUCAGUGGCAGCGUUCGAUUCUCUCAGACCGUCGAGGCCUCUCACAUGCAGCACGAGACUCUGAUAUUCGAGGCAAUCUCAACAGGUCUGAAGUUCCGCAAGUACAUCAUAGCCGCGCUCCUGUCAGAGAUCAAGUCGGUGACCCGGGCUGAGGACCACCAGCCGUUUGAUCUGUGGGCCCUGGUUGUCAUCCGAUCGUUGGUGGAGGAGAGGAGACAGAGUGAGAUCGAUCGAGUUUUCAAGAGCAGGGUCGAGCAAAAGCUGUUCACCCUCACUUUCGUCAAAGAGAGUGUGAACCAGUUUAAGCAUGCGUUGAAACCGCACUUCAAACAUGCAUGUCUCAUCGCUGACUCGCUGAUUCGUUCCCCUGAGUUUCACCUGGCCUCGUUCGGUGGGGAUCUGUACAUCACCUUGUUCCAUUGUUUCUCGGACGAGUACUCCCGCCAGGAGAUCCUCGGGAACAUUCUGACGCAUACUGGAGGCGGUAAUGAUGAUCAGAUUGACGUUGCUCUGGACGUUCUGCUCACCCUGUCCCAAUCGAGUUGCCAGGCUCUCCGGCCGUUCUCAGUCUUCAUCAAGGGAGUUCUCGAUUACCUGGAGAAUUUCAAAGACUCGCACAUCCGCAAGUUGUUUCGGAUCCUGAGCAUCUUGAGCAUAACAUCGGCUGACAACGAGGCCGCAAGGCUCGAUGAUGAGGUCUUCAUCCACAUCCGGAAGCUGCUGUCAAGUCCUCGAUCUCGCCUGAUGCAGCAUGGAGUCAUUGGCGCAGUUUCAGCGGUGAUGUCUCUCUCCAUGAUCAACAACGCACAGGCCGAUGAGGAGCACGCUAGCCAGCUAUCGACGAAGCGCUCGAGGACCGAUCAGGCUGUCAGUCUGCUUGAGACGGUCAAGGUGAACUGUGCCAGCUCCAGUCAUUCUGUCAUCUUCCUGUACGACGAGCUAGCGACCGCUUUGGACAAUGCUGAAAGACAGCAAGUAGCGGUGAAGGCGUCUACUCUAGAGUGGAUCAAUGAGAAUCUGACCAGCGAGCUCGAGGAGAAAUUUCUGGACGACGUUCCCGAGAACCUUGAGACAGAAGGCUUGAAGGCUCUGCAUCCCACGCUCCCUGUGGCACUCGAUUACAACCUAGACGGCAGUGACGCGCAAGUCUACCUCAAGCUCCUCCCGAUGCUCAACUCUAGGACUGCAGGAGACACCUCAGUACAGAAGAUGUGCGCGCUGCUGAGGCUGAUGCAGACGACUGAAAGAGCCUCCAACGACGGCAAACUCGGUGGGAUCGAUGCGCUCCUUGGCUGUCCGAUCUUGUUCUUCGAGGAGCAAGUGCUGGACAGCCUCGAAGACAAGACUGUGAGCGAGCGCAACCAGAUCGCCCUCCUCCUCUUCCACACCAGCAACUGGUUCAUCGAGCUGCUGAAUGCAUUCGGGUGCCAGGAGGAGGAGGAGAUGAGGUCCAAGUGCGCUACCAGGGCCAACCAGCUGCUGGAGAUGCUCGAGAAGUUGGAUGAGAUCCUCCGGAUCCACUCGCUGGUCCUGCCGAGGCUCGGGAGCUGCCCGCACGAGGUUUCCAACGGCCAUCAGAACGAGGGGAGGAAGCGUGAGAUGAACAAGGAGAACUUGAAGCCUGUCAAGGCGAAGAAGCAGAAGAAGACGAGUCAAGUCGAGGACGGGGAGGGGAGGGAGGGAGUGGUGCAGCUAUCAGCCGCAAGUUGCCUGACGGACCAGAUCUGUUCGAGUGUCGGGAACACUGCCGCGCACCAGAACAAGUCGAAGCUGCAGGUGGCCUCUACCUUCGGAUUCUUCACUGAGAUGCACAACCUGCGCGCCAUGUCGACCUCGUUCAGAGAGUUCGAGCUCGACGCCCUCAGCAUCCUCAACUCCCAGGGCGUUCUCCUCUCCCCCAAGGCCCUCCUCGCUGCUCUGCAGGAGCUCUGGUGUCAGCUGAAUCACGUGCUGGUAACCAAGAAGCACUCUCCCUUCUUCAAAGCUUCCAACGGUCACCUCAGGAUCAAGAGGAUCGAGCCUGGCUCUUACCUGGACCAGCUCGUGCAGCUCUGGCCAGCCAUGCGCUCCCUGUUCGUGAACCUGUCACAGCAACUUGGAGCCUCUGAGGAGACGAUGGACAUAGACAACGACGAAAUCUUGCUCAACACAACCGUGAUAGACUGCCUUUACAUGUUGAUCUCUAUCGUCAACAAGUGCAUCCAGUACUCCAUGGCCAACGGCCUCGGGGUCGAUCCCCUGCUUGCAAAGUUCAAGGAGUUUCCAGCAGGGCAGGGCGGGGAGGAGGCCUCGAACCAAGUUUCUGCCUUCAACUUCUUUGCAGAGCCAGUCAAGCAGUUCCCAACCUUCUCCCUGACCUCCUCCUGCGUGUUCCUCCUCUCCAACAUCGCGUCCUCGGGAGACAACGAGGUGCUCCGGGAGCAGGUCAGCGCUUUUGCCCUGUGGUGUCUCCGGCAGAAGUGGCCGGACGUGCCGCAGAAGCCAGCCGAGCGAGAGACCCUCUGCAACCUGCUCAAGGUGUACGUGAAGUUUUCCAGCUGCAGCCUCAGCUGCGUCUCGCUGAUCACCAAGGAGCUCCUGUACGAGAUCGACCCAAGUCACCGCAAGGGAGUGACUUACGUGGACGGAUACCCUUCGAUCACGUCGCAGAACUUCGUCAGCUUCUUUGCGAUCCUCAUGGAGACAAUGUGCUCGAUCUUCGCCAAGAUCGAAGAGGAGAACUCCGGCAAGAAGACGGAGCCUGACGGCUUCAUCCCGACGCUGACAACGGCGGUAGAGUGCUUUGUGCAGCUGGUGAACUUGACCAAGACCUGGGAGGACUCCAGUGUCCUCAUACACUGCCUCAAGUUCGGCAACAAGAUCGUCUCCUCCUUCAUCAGGCUCGUCCCGUCGUUGAACGCCUGCUUCAAACAGCAGCAAGACACCAUCCAGCCCCUCCUCAAGACUUUCCAGGUCCUCUUCCUCCCCUCCCAGCGCCCUCACUUGACCAGCCUCGCUCAGACCAGCACGCGAGUGCUCCAGCACAUCUGCGCGCACGGGAAGGUGCAGCAGGAGAAGAGGAUGGUCAAGAGCGUGCCCUACCUCAAGAAGAACCUGGAGAGGAUAAUCUUCAAGGUGAAGGCGAUGCUCGACAACCACGGCUGCCUCUCCGCCUUCUGGCUGGGGAACCUGAAGCAUCGGAACCUGCAAGGGGAGGAGGUCUGCAGUCAAGCUGUCGAGUCCUCGUCGGAUGAGGCGCAGGAGGAGGAGGCAGACGAGACAGGAGGAGACACGGAGUCGGCAGACGAGGAUGAGGAGGGGGAGGAUGGGGAAGGGGAGUGA